CGCUAACGGGGGAUGCUGACGGAACAAACCUGGCAACCCCGGCUGCCGGUGUGACCAGUCGUUACUGAGGAAGAUGGUGGACUUCGUGACAGCAGCGUGCUCUCUACUCCGUCCCAAACACAGUGGAAACUGCGCUCUGUCUCAGCCCGGCAUUAGAUACAGAUUACCCGGGGACAAUCACAGAUAAUACACCGAGAGAACCGCGGAGGAGAGGGACUCUUUUCGCCUAGGACAACUCUCGAUUUCCCGGUGCGAAGAGGGCGGAGAGUUGCGGAGCGUGGCGGCGGUUGGUGAAGGACGCUAGUCGUCGUUAGACAAAGUGUCAACACAAGUGUGGAGGAAGAGGGCGGUGUGUGGAGCUUCUCUCCCCCGGCUGAGGACAAGGUCUACGGACACUAUCGAGCUUUUUAUCUGGCUCCCACAAACCACAUGUGAGCAGAGCAGCUAGCUAACUUGAGCUAGCUCUGUUGUGAAGUGUUGGAUCAGAGCGCCGCUGCUGGAAAUGCCGCGGAGCAAAAAGGGGAAACGUGGCUCCGGUAAACCGGGCUCUCUCCGUCAGGAGCUUCUUCAGCUGCAGCUGUCGACUAAGUCUUCUGUGAAAGGUACCAAAAAUGGGGUGAAGGGGGAGUCGGGUGCCAGUGACGAUGAGCUGACGUCUGAUAUUCUCAGCCACUGCAGCAGUGCCAGCGAAACCGCUUCUGUGCUGGAAGAGGGCACAGGGGCUGAGCAGGUGGAUGAGCAGACCGCCCAGGAGGAAACAGAAGACAAACUCAAACAAUGUAUAGACAACCUGAUGGAUAAAAGUGCUAAGACUCGGCUUGCCGGCCUCGAGUCGUUGCGACAGGCCUUCUCCUCCAGAGUACUGUACGACUUCCUGAUAGAGAGACGCCUCACUAUUGGCGACUGCCUGGAAAGAAGCCUUAAAAAAGGCAAUGGAGAGGAGCAGGCGGCGGCUGCCACAGUCUUCACCCUGCUCUGUAUCCAGCUCGGAAGUGGAGACGAGGCAGAGGAGGGCUUCAAGGUGCUUCGCCCCAUCCUCACUGCCAUCCUGAUUGACAACAGUGCCAGUAUAGCAGCCCGCCAGAGUUGUGCCAGAGCUCUGGGGAUGUGCUGCUAUGUGUCUGCUGCUGAGGAAGGAGAGGACUUGAUCAAGUCACUGGCCCUCCUGGAGAGCAUAUUCAUGUCUUCCUACCCCAACAGAGAGGGGACGCUGCCCACUCCUAAACCUGGGAGUCCGGGUCUUCACGGUGCUGCUCUACAGGCCUGGUCACUGCUGGUCACCCUGUGUCCUGCGUCCAGACUGACUGUGCUGCUCGACCUUCACCUCCCCAAACUGCAGGUGUGUCUGCAGAGCAAUGACGUCAACUACAGGAUCGCAGUGGGAGAGACCAUCGCCCUUCUGGUGGAGCUGGGCCGAGAAAUAGAUGAGGAAUUUGAGGUGAUGGACAGUGAAAGUCUGUGUGAAUCUCUGAAGGGUUUAGCAACAGAUGGCAACAAACACCGAGCCAAGAACGACAGGAGAAAACAACGCUCCAUCUUCAGAGAGGUUUUACAUUAUAUAGAGAACGAGGACUUCACAGAGGAGAGGAUCAGGUUUGGAGUGGAGAGCGUUUACAUCGACGGCUGGAUGAGGAGACGAAUCUAUGAUGCCUUCAAAGAAAUCCUGGAGUCUGGAGUCAGACACCACCUACAGUUCAACCCACUACUCAGAGACAUCUUCGGACUUGGCGCCCCCCUCAUCCUGGACCCUGCUGUCAGAGGCAACAAGAUCUCACGAUUUGAGAAGCAUCUUUUCAACUCUGCUGCCUUCAAGGCCAGGACAAAACAGAGGAGCAAAGUCAGGGACAAACGGGCUGACGUCAUGUGAGAGACGGACGAGGACGGAGCGAAGGGACGAGUAAGCGAGGAAAUUUCCAGGCUCUACUAAGACGGAUACAAAAUGAUGCCUUUGGCGCUUCAGCUGUCAGACACACUCCCUCGACGGGGGCUUUUUCCACAUGUGCUUUUCACCUGCGACUUAACUCUACUGAUUCAAGAUGGCCGCCAUUUAUUCUUCCUUUGAUGAACAGUUUUAAAGUUCUUCCAACAACAACAGCUGCUUACAGUAUCUUCUACAUAAUAUUAAAUCAAUUAUUCAAUUUAUUUCAUGCAGUAUAAAACAACUUGACUUCACAGAAGAGUAAAUGUUCUGUGAACACAUUAACUGGGAUCCUCAGAAAUGCCGUUUUACAAUCAAAAAUCACAGAGAAAGUGAAGUAGUAGUAGUAGUAGUAGUAAGACAUUUCAAAGCUUUAUGGUACAUUUCAGAUCUUUGGAACAGCCACUGAAAACCCUCUUUGGUGCUGAUGAGUAUUGUUUUUGAUGCUCAGUUCUAGCUGCUGCCCUGUGGUUUGGCUAGUCAGUCAAAUCUUUUUAAUCCUCAUUACUGUUGCCUUUGCCUGGACACAACAAGUCCCGGUUGAUGUUUGAAUUAGUGCAUUUGAACUUCUGUAGUUAAUUAAAAAGCAAAAAGAGCCAUGGAAAUAUAUUCUGACAGAACAAUUUUUCCGUUCGAUGGGUUAAAUUUUUCCUCGCUAACACCCACAUUCGUCCCCUCUCCUCUUUUACACUCAGUCACUACUUCAGCUGCCAAACCAGAAACUGACGUUACAAACAGUGCAAGAAAAAGUGUGUGGUGUGAGUUUUAUUUGAAUUUUAUUUAACAUCAUCGGGUAAAAAAGGAAGUGAAUACUAAUUAAAAGAGUGAAUCAAUGAGCUGAUAUAGUCUUCUUUAUAAUUCAUAUUUUUGAGAGGAAAAAUACGUUUUAACCAUUUCUGGUGGAUAAUUGUAUUUUACUUUCUAAUUUAUUAAAGGAACAUUGUGAUUUUUAAGAAACUAAGAACUGUUUACAGACACAAUUAUGGGAAAAAUAUUCUAUUUUGUUGUAUUCAUUGUAUUUUAAUGCAGGUUCGGAGGGUCAUACAAUCUAUCCAUGUGUAUGUAUUGCACAUAUACUGUACAUAGGGACUCAUGAGUAGAUGUCUACUUGAAUCAUUGGAUGCAUUUGAAUGAUUUUCCCUCUUGAUGGGCAGUGAACACAUUUACAUACAGGCCACUAUAACCAGAGCUGCUGAUCAGAAGAGUUCGGUGGAGUUGCUGUAUUCAGUAGUGGUCAGGUUUGCAUCACAUCAUCGAUUAUAAUGUUUCAAUUUAAAUGACACCAUUAACAGCUGCCUGAAUGUUUCUGUACCGUGUUGAAUAUUCCUCUCCAGCUGUUGAGCAUCUGUUUGACUCCUGUAUUACAGCCUCUUCAAACUGUCUCAUCAGUAGUUCUGGUGUUGAGGCAUAAGGGAUCAUGGAUCUUAAGAGAAUAAAAGACUGUGACCACUU